CACAGCUCCCCUGGUGUUUGGCUGUGUCUGCUUGCAGGUAAAAAGCCUCAUUUGGGCUAUAAAGCAGCUUCUUAUGGUCAAGCUGCACCUUUGGGAUGUUCAUUAAAAACUUGCCUGUGUUUUCCCCUCCAACUCAAUAGGAUGCUGUCUCAAUGUGUUCUGCAGCAGUGCUGAUGUUAAGAAAUCAUUUCAGGUGAAGCCCUGACACUGCUGAAGUCAAUGGCCCAGUUCCCUCAGUGCUGGUGUAACCCAGACCCUCUGUAGUCCUUCCCAAAAGCUGCUUUGCUGCUCGAGUUUUUCAGCCAUGCCUUGCAGGGAAGAUUUUGUUUCCCUUUGGAAAGCAUUUUCCUUCACUUUUAGCUUAGUGAUUUGGUUCCUUGAAAGCAGGCAGGAAGCCAUUGAGGAAUGUUCCCCUUUUAUUUCCAGAUAAGUUUAAUUUUCAUCUCUGUAGGAUGAGGAACUGUAUGGAGCACCUGCAGCUGCUAUCCAUCACAGCAGCAAGCAAAUCAAAUGGGGGGAAUUUCAGCUCUGCCUGACAUCCUCCCAUCCUGAGCCUGCAAUAUCAGGUGGGGUUGAUGUAAGGAGCAAAGCUCCUCUGUGCUUUAAGGCUGCAUGGGAAGAGCUCAGCAUGGCCCCUGCAGCUCUGCUCUCCCAGGGGGUGAGGGAUAACUUCAGUAAGUCUCAAAGCAGCUGAUGUCCCUGGGGCUGUUCCCCCUGUGCUGCCCUCCAGUAAGUUAAGCAGUGCUCCUUUCCCUGCAGCUCUGUGCACAAAUGCAUCCUUUGCUGGUUAGCUGAAGCCCUGUGCCAGGUCUUUCUCUAGCUGCUCCCAUGCACCAGCUGCUUUUCCUACUGGGGGUGGAAAAUGCCUCGUGGGGUUUUUCCUUGUGUGGAGGGAGGAGCAUCCUUGGGAUCCUGUGGAUGUGCUCCUCCUGGUUACAGCAGAGAUGGAAACCUCGGAGCCCCAUGCCCUGAGUUCACCUUCUUCUGGCUGAUGUGGCCCCUUUAGAAGUGACGCUGUACCCCAAAGUCCCUCCUCUGGGGACUUAUGAGCACUUAGGAUGCCCGGAAAGAGGAUUUAUUCCUGGUGGCUCCUUGCCAGGGGCUGGGCUGCUGCCUCCUGACCCCGCAAGGCUGCCCCUGGUGACACAGCCCCAGGGUCUGGCAUGGGAAAAGACGUCAAGGCUGGGAGAAAUGGGGCCAUGGCAGAUGAGGUGCCUGCCGGGUUCAGCCCUCCCCUGGUUCCAAACCCUGCAACCCAAAGCCCUAAGGAGUUUGGGGUGGAGGAGGCUGUGAAGCCCCAGGUUUGGAGGUGAGGUGGUGGGGGGGACCUUCCUUGUGCUCCCCAGCUUCUGUGUCCCCAGGUGAAGGUGCCAGCAGUGCCCUAAGCAAAUCCUGGCAGCAGUGGGAGCACACCAGUGUGUUUGUGUAGCUGAGGGCUUCAAGGAAGGGGCAAGUGUGUCAUCAGGUUUCUUCUGAGAACAUUUUUAUUGCUGCUGCAGUCGUUUCCCACCGAGGUUCCCUGGGUCCUGAGGUCAAGUGCUGGGCUUGGAGCCACGGGGCUCAAUCCAGCAGCCAUCCUCCAUGCACCAGGGCUGGGUGCUGAGCAGGGAACUGCAGCAACGAGAGCUGGGAGCCAGCAGCACAACUUGUAUGAAGGAAUCCUUUGCUGUUGCAGUUCUUGAGCAGUUCAGCUUGCUGUCUGCAUCACCUGUGCAUCCCCACCCUGUGCUGCUUGGGUACCAUGAGCUGUGCUCCUGCACACUGCAGUGAUCACAUUGUGCCUGGCCAGGCUGUAGCUGCUUAUACAACUGCAACGAGCUCAGCUGUUCUGUGCACAAAUGUCUGCUCCCUCACUGGGGUGAGAAAAUGAGGGGGAGACUUUUCCCUGUGCUCAGAGCAGCCCCCGUGAGGACAGCAUUUGGUAGGUUUAUGGCCAAGGAGCUGCGUUUGCCAUUUCCACCCUCAAUCCUAGAGGAAAUCCCCAUUCCUCUAUUCCCCUCUUUCUCUGCUCCUUAGCAGCACAGCUCAACCAGACCUGAGCCACCACCCCAUGUGUCCCCACCACUGUCCAUCUCUCCUCCCUGGUGGCAGCAGGCAUUUGGCCCAUGCCUUGCAUGCAGUGUGCUGUUGGUGCUCAGGGCUGACACAGCAAUGCCAUCAACUGUGGAGAAUGGAGGGGAGGUUAUCAGCCCCCAGCUAUCCACAGCUGCCCUUGUUAGCCCUGAUAACUGGCUGUGCCCACCUACAAUCAUGAUGCCCUCAGCCAACUGGGAGGAGAAACCCACAGGGAGGCAGAAAGGCAGCCUAUAAAACAUUCUCUCCUUGGGGAUGUGGAGAAGUCUCUGGUGAAGGAGGAGGCUGCACUGGGAGCACAAGAUGCUGGCAGGAGGCAGCAGGAGGCUGCAGCAGUGUCUGCUCGUCGUGGCCAUUGCAUGGAGUGCCGGCUUCUUCCACUCACCAGCCCUGGCUUUGCAGAGGAUCGCUCUGCGGAGGAUGCCUUCCAUCCGGCAGACGCUGCAGGAGAUGGGCGUGAAGGUGGCCGACGUGUUUCCCGAGCUGCGGCAAAGGCGAGGCGGGGCGGGCGGCCCCCAAAACGGAACGGCUCCCACCCUCCUCACCAACUACCUGGAUGUGAGCCCCUCCCCACGCACGGAAUGUUUGUUGCCCCACCUCACGGGUUCUAUCAGCCGCAGGCGGACCCAGCCCGAGUCAUUCUGCCGGCGCUGUGCUUCUUCCAGACGCAGUAUUACGGUGAGAUCAGCAUCGGCACCCCCCCGCAGACCUUCAAGGUGGUCUUUGACACGGGCUCAGCCAACCUGUGGGUGCCGUCCUGCAAGUGCUCCCCACUCUACAGCGCCUGCAUUUCCCACAGCCGCUAUGACUCCUCCAAGUCACGGACAUACAUAGCCAAUGGUACAGGCUUCUCCAUCCGCUACGGGACAGGCAGUGUCAAAGGCUUCCUCAGCCAGGAUGUGGUCAUGGUAUCGGACAUCCCCAUCAUCCAGGUCUUUGCUGAGGCCACGGUGCUGCCUGCAUUCCCCUUCAUCUUUGCCAGGUUUGAUGGGGUCCUGGGCAUGGGUUACCCCAGCCAGGCCAUCGAUGGCAUCACCCCUGUCUUCGACCGGAUCCUCUCCCAGCAGAUCCUCAAGGAGGACGUGUUCUCUGUCUACUACAACCGAGCUUCAAAGAAUUCUCCUUUGAAACCCGGUGGGGAAAUCAUCCUGGGGGGCACUGACCCAGCCUACUACACUGGGGACUUCCACUACCUGAGCAUCAGCAGGAACGGGUACUGGCAGAUCAGCAUGAAGGGGGUGUCUGUAGGGGCUGAAAUCUUGUUCUGCAAGGAGGGCUGCUCAGUGGCCAUUGACACCGGAGCAUCCUACAUCACUGGCCCAGCCGGCCCUGUGUCUGUGCUGAUGAAAGCCAUUGGAGCAGCAGAGAUGACUGAAGGAGAGUACGUGGUUGACUGUGAGAAGGUCCCCCAGCUGCCCAACAUCUCCUUCCACCUGGGUGGGAAGGCCUACACGCUCAGUGGCUCAGCCUACGUCCUCAGGCAAACCCAGUACGGGGAGGACAUCUGCGUGGUGGCUCUCUCAGGGCUGGAUGUCCCACCCCCGGCUGGACCCCUCUGGAUCCUGGGUGCCAGCUUCAUCGGGCACUACUACACCAAAUUCGACCGUCGCAACAACCGCAUCGGCUUCGCCACCGCCCGCUGACCGCCGGGGGGGGGCUGGGAGGCAGCUGGGAAGCAGGGAGCAUCGCUGGGGUGAGAGCGAUUCGACACGCAAACGAGAGCAGCGCUUCCUUAAAGCACAGCCACCUCCUCUCUGCACUGAAGCAACUGCAAAUCCUCGCGUUCUCCCACUCCAAAACCCCCGCUCUGCUUCCCGAGAGCCUCCGCUGCCACGGAGGGGAGAGCGGAGCCCGGGAGCAUCGCGCUGAGGAAUCAAAGCGGGAUCCUGCAGCUGGAGCUGCACCUCCGGGGGCUUUGCAGGGUGAUAUGCGUUGCUGCUGGCUGGGGCAGAGGAGCUUUGCAGGUUGUAGACACUGUGGAGCGAUGUUUGGUUGCUGUUCUUAGAUGGGAGGCAAAUUAAUUGGUGUCAUUAGGCUGCUUACAGCGAUGGUUCUUUCAGCUGCUGUUAACCCUGCCCCUCUCUGCAAUUUAAUAUUAAACAACCCCAGAGCAGCAGGAAGCUGAGCGUUCUGCGAGGAGGGAGAAAUGAGGAAAAGUUCCCUUAUGGGAACUGGGGAAGAAGUGUUCUCUGCUGGGAUCCACCGCUGUGCUUUAAGCAGGCAGCGCUGCAGGCUGCUCUUCCCUGUUGUGUCAGAGAGCUGAGAACCAGCUGCAAAUCUGAGCCCAUCCCAAAGCCAAGCAGUUGGCAAUGUUCUCAUCUCCCCCUGCUUGUGAGCACAGCUGAGCCCUGGGAACACACCUGUAACGAGCACAGCACCGUGCUGCAGGAGCUUCUCCUCCUCACCCUGCCACCAGCAAUGGCUGCUGAUUUCCCAGAGUGAAUCCCGGCGAUGGUUGGGAGCAAUUCUCCUUCCAGCACAGCAUGGGAUGCUGCCAGCCAGGCUGCAGCCUUGCCAGCCUCCUUUCCUGCAAGGCCCAGGCUCUGAGCAGUGGCCAAGCUGCCAGUUUUUGCCCUUGGCAGGGUGUUGGGCAGCGUGU